AGUGAGUAAAACUUUAAUCAGAGUCAUAGAUCGUCUCAUUCAAGCUAAAAAUGCUCUGAUUCCCUUCAAAUGCGCAUAAAUGAUCAGCUAGCGUCUAAUAUCGUCGACUUCAUCUUGCCGCCGCUGUCUCAGCCCCCAAACUAUGAUCCUCUCCCGACGCCUGUAUCUCGGAAUGUUCGCUCCGGCAUUUUGCCCAAGAGCGGCAGUGCCAGCCUUGUCGCAACCUUUCACAACCUAUCAUGAUUCUUCACCCAUUAUGCCCCAUCACCGACUCCAUCACCGAUCUUUCCAGAUAGUCCUCGAUUUCGAUGGCACAAUAACUACAAAAGAUACCAUCGAAGCCCUCGCCCAGUCUGCCGUUGCCCUCCAGUACCCAUCCCUAUCACCUUCUCAAUUUAGCCAAACUCCACCAGCCGAGAUAUGGAGCAACUGUAAAUCUCAGUAUUUGGCUGACCUCUCGGCGCACUAUGAGAAGGAAAACCAAGAACCCAGUGAUGGCGGUGUAGUCACGGGACCCGGUGGGCUGGAGAAGGAACAACGCUCCUUAGACGCGCUGAAGGAUGUCGAAUGGGCUAGCGUGAAAAGAGUGGGAGAAUCAGGUAUUUUUGAGGGACUUUCAAAGGAGUCUUUGCGAGAGAAGGGAAGGGCCGCAACAGCAGGUGACCCUCAGGAUGGAAAUGAUGGGGCGGUAGUAGUAAGGGAAGGCUUUCCAGAGUUUGUUACAUGGAUGGGGCAAAUUGAGGCUCAAUGGGGGAUUGUGAGUGUGAACUGGAGUCGGGCGUGGGUGCGAGGGGUAUUAGAUGCGGCUUUGGGAGAGGAGGGGUGGGUUUCGAGUCAAAUCGAUCUUUGCAAUCUCACGACGAACGAUAUUAACCAUUCGACGGGCAUGAUUGAAGGUUGGCGGUUAGAUAGGUUGUCUGCUAAACGCACUCACCUCCUUACAACUGCUGACAAGCUCCUCGCCCAAGACAAGAUGAUGUUGUACUGCUUCGACAUCGGCUUCAGUUCCCCGGAGCCUCUCACAGUAUACAUAGGCGAUUCACCAACAGACCUCUCUCCUCUGCUCAAUGCAGAUAUCGGCAUAAUAAUGAACUCUACAUCGUCUACUCCGGGAUCUCUUAAUGGUUUAAUCGAUAGAUGCGGCUAUAGGGUCUUACCGGUGUCUGAAUACAAGGAGUUGUAUCGCAAAGGGGAAAAUGAAAAGGUGGGCAUUUUACUGAGUGUAAAUAAUUUCACAGAGAUUAUUGAUAGUGGCAUGCUACAAGACGAGGAAUGGGACCCAACGGCAGCAAAGAAGGCCUGGAAGAAAGCAGGAUCUGAGGGUUGAGGGUGCCAUAUUUCAUCAUCUUCGACAAUUAACGCUCGAGCAAAAUGUUAUUUCGUUGAGGGAGAAUUAUGACAGGGCUUACUGGAUAUUUUGGUAUAUUCGCAAUCUUAUCAAAUUUAACACUCCAUAGAAACUUUCGGAUUUGGG